AUGGCUGGCCUUCGCCUCUUCCUGAUCGUGUCCAAUGUGCUGGCCUUUUUGUUGGCAUCCGGCCUUCCCUUUACGCCGUGGCGCCAGGUGGCUGGAUCGAGUUGUGCCGUUCACGCUGCGCCAGCUUACAUUCUGGGAGACAACGGCCUGUACAGUGUCACCCUCUGGAUCGGAGAUUUUUGCGAUGGCACCUUGGCUGGCGUGAGCAGCGUUUGCUCAAAAUUUCAAGCAACAGUGGCGCUCUGCUCCCUGAUUGUCACCUUUGAAUUGCCGCCGCCAACCUCAUGCUACGUCAUUGAUACGCCCAGCAGUCGAGGUUUCACCAAUCACCCCGGGAUGACCUUGCCCAUCCUCGUGAUCCUAGUCUCGGUUGUGUCCAUCUGCUUUGCCACCAUUCUGGCGCAGCGUGCGUGCAAAAAACAUCGGGAUCAGGACUUGAACAUGAACGUUCCGGGCGUCACGCGCCCUGUCAGCCAGCCUAGUAAGCCUCCGUCCUCGGUAAUGUACCAUCCCGACCAGAGCGCGUGGUCGCCGCCGCAAACGAACCUUGCCUUUCAGCCGACGCCGGCCUCGCAGCCGCAAGUGACCGGGCAGAGCGACGCACAGCCCCAGCUUCACGCAAACACACAGCAGCAGCAGUUCUGGCAGCAGCAACAAACUUCGGUCGCCUCGUCAGUGGGCACAAACCGGUCGAAUCCUGGGUCAUUUGCCGUAACGUUGUGGCAGCCCAUUGCUGCGUCUCAGCCCAGAGCCACUGCGUCGGGCAGCACACUCCCGAGCCAGCACGUGCCCGUGAGUGGCACGGACCCUGCGCAGUAUCAUGCAAGGCAAGCCACCUCCUUUGCGGCCAUGCCCGAUCCCAGCGCUGCGCCGAACAGCAGCGAGGCUUGA